GAGAUGAGGACGCGAUCGACUAAGAGGAAGACAUCGGCGGUGAACCUAUUGGCAUCGCCGUCGCCGAAGACAGCAGAGGCGACGACGCCAGGAAGCCCUAUGAUGAAAUCUCCGAGUGAGUCGCCGAAGGGAUUCGAGUUCAGCUUCAACACAACCAAGCUGGCGUCAUCACCAUUGAUGAAGAAGAAGAGCAACAGCAGUGGCGGUGUAGGAGGAGCAUCAUCGGCUUCGAUGUUCAUGCAGCGUACCGGAGGAGGGCCAGGAGGAUUCUCACCCUCGCCGCUCAGAGGUAUCAACUCCAUUUCGGAUCUGAAGGGGCUAGCUUCGUCUGGGUUGGAUUCUAUCAAACGUCAGCUGGAGCGAUCGCAGUCAGAAAUUCUUAAGGACAUUGAAGCUUCACAAUCUCGUCUCCAGAAACGAUUCAAGAUUCAAUCUCAAGCAUGCCAGCAAGUGAUGGACGAAGCAGAGAGAGAAAACAAGAAAAUGUCUGAUCGUAUCACUGAAACUCGGGAAGCAAUGAAGGCUUCAUACAAUGAAUUCAUGAUUGAAGCACAGUCCAGUGCAUCACGUUUGUGCAAAACUUCCAUUCCUGAAAUUUCUCAGUCCUUUGAGAAAUCCAUCAACUCUCUCAGAAGCCGCUAUGGGAUUUCCUCAACUUCAGCUUUGUAGACUUGCUGAGUUUCUAGAGAAGUUGCGGAUGGUAUGAAGAGAAGCUGCUGGAGGUGUCUUAUUGUAAUAUGAUUUCUUUCUUAGCUUGUAAAUUUACAUCGUCUGCAUAAAUCUGGCUACAAAAAUAGAGAGGAUACAAAAAGGGUAAACUUGUCUUAAAAAAUUCAUAAGCUACAUUAGUGCUUCUUCCCACUUAUUUGGUAGCAUCGCUUACUUUUCCCUUGUUCAGCUCCUGAACUUUGAUUAAUGCAUAAUCCAUACUGUAAAAAAUUUGUAACUUCUUGGUCCUGCCGAUUAUCCCUACAAUUUAAAUGUUAAUACUGCUCAUGAUUGCCCAAUA